AUGUGGUAUUCUAUCCAGUCCGGCCUUUUGCUGGCUGCUUCUCUAUCACCUGUUGUUGAUGCUGAGCGUGUGCUCGGUGCGUAUAUUUUCGCCCGCCAUGGAGACCGCACACCGAAGAUCUUCGGUAGCACUCAACUGACCGACUUGGGCUAUCGGGAGGUUUUUGACUCAGGGUCUUUUUACAACCAGCGAUAUAUCUCGUCGGAAUCUUCCAAGCAGAUCGAGGGCAUUAGUGCCGAUGUUGUCAACCCAAAGCAGAUCAGUGCCUCUGCUCCCUCCGAUACCGUACUGCAAAACUCCGCCACUGGUUUCCUACAAGGUGUAUACCCUCCCGUGGGGAAAGUGGCUUCCCAGACCCUGGGCAAUGGAAGUGUAGUUGAGGCACCGUUGAACGGCUAUCAGCUCAUUCAGCUGACGCCUGCCACUACAAGCAAGAACGCUGAGGAUUCUACCUGGUUGCAAGGCUCCAGUGGAUGCCAGAAGGCAACUGUGAGCAGCAACAACUAUUUUUUCUCUGAAAUGUACACCUCGCUACUAUCCUCAACGAAGGAGUUCUACCAAUCACUUUCCCCUAUGCUAGACGGCGCGUUUGCCUCGUCUGAUAUGACCUUCAAGAACGCCUAUACCAUCUUCGACUACUUGAAUGUCGGCAAAAUCCAUAACUCUACCAGUCAAUUCCCUCAUAAGUCAGACCUGACUGACGAGGUAUAUCAUCAGCUGAUUGCUCUAGCUGGAAGCCAUGAAUUUAACCUGGCUUACAACUCCUCCGAGAAAGUGCGUGCCAUCGACGGUGCCGUCCUGGCGGGCGAAAUCUUGGCUGGACUCAACGAGACCAUUGCUACCAAGGGCAAGUCCAAGCUAAAUAUCGGAUUCGGCUCUUACGGCACCAUCUUCGCUCUCUUCGGUCUUUUGCAGAUGCCUGCUGCAUCCGUCGACUUCACCGGAAUCCCAGACUACGCCUCGUCAAUGGUAUUCGAACUAGUGACGAACGCCAGUGGCACGGACUUCCCAAUUGACAAGUCCGAUAUUAGCGUACGCUUCCUGUUCCACAACGGUACCAUCACUGGCUCAUCUGAGCCUACUGCAUACCGACUGUACGGCCAGUCAAACGAGCUUCUCUCCUGGGAAGAAUUUUCCUCGAAGACCAGGGAGAUCGCGAUCACUUCCGAUGACGAGUGGUGUACCAUGUGCGGCAACACAGACGGCAAGUGCGCUAGUUCAGACAGCACUAGCGGCGACUCCGCCUCUGCUAGCACCUCUAGCACUAGUGGCUCGGGGAUGUCACUCGCUGUGGCGGGUGUUAUUGGUGCAAUGGUUACCCUCGCGGUCAUCCUUGGCUUGCAGGCCACCUUCUUCCUCCUUGGUGGAUUCCGCAUUGCAAAGCGGAACAAGGCUAGCCCUGAGAUAAUGAGCUCGCCUGCCACUGUGGAGGCGGAUAAAAAGGUUUAG